AUGUACGCCCGCCUCGAAACCAAUCUCGACUCCGCCACGCGCGUCUUCGAUCAGCUCCUGGUGAAGGACUGCGUCUCUUGCUCCGUGAUCAUGACCGCCCACAUCCAGCACCGGCAAUUGGAUCAAGCCGCGGCGAUCUUCCACGGUAGCCCCGGACGAGACGUGGUUUGCUGGAAUGGGAUGAUCUCAGCGUUUGGGCAAAGCUCUCACGCCGCCACAGCGAUCCAGUUCUUUCACAGGAUGCCACAAUGGAACACCGUUUCAUGGAACUCCCUCGUUGCAGCAUAUGCCCGAACUGGGCAUCUUGUGGAAUCUAAAUCCACGUUCGAUUCCUGCCAACAUAGAGACAUCGUGACAUGGAUCAACAUGCUAACUUCAUACAGUACACAUGGAAAGUUGGCGGAAGCACGUGCCGUGUUUGAUUACAUGCCGGAGUGGACGGUGAUAGCGUGGAACUCAAUCUUUACAGCGUAUGCCCAUGAAGGGUAUCUUGUUGCAGCUAAAGGUGUCUUUGAUGAGAUGCCAGAAAAGAGCCUCGCAUCGAUCAACGCGAUGAUAAAUGCCUACGCUCAAAAGUCCCAGCUCCAGGAGGCGCGUGCCAUGUUUGAGAAGCUUUCGGCGUGGGAUAUCCUCUCGUGGACGACGCUGCUCCAGGCAUAUGCCGAGAACGGGAAUAUCCCCGAGGCAGAGGAGAUAUACUCGAGAAUGCCGGAGCAGGACGUGGUCUCCUGGACCGCAAUGGUGGCGGUGUACGCUCAAUCGGGGCAAUUGGAUCAAGCGAAAUUUCUCUUUGAUCGAAUGCCACGAAGAAACGAGGUGUCGUGGUGUGCAAUUCUCGCUGGUUUUGGUGGAAACCUCCACACUGCCGAGGCGAAGGGGUUCUUUGAUCGGAUGCCACUCCACUCCCCAGUGGCUUGCAACACCAUGGUGUAUAGCUUUGCGCAAAACGGCUGCCUCACUCAAGCAGUGGAUCUGUUUGUGAAUGUGAGUGAUCACAAUGUUGUGUCGUGGAAUAUGAUCAUCACAGCGUUUGCAAACAAGCGCGAGAUAGAUCGAGCUAAGCACCUGUUUGAUCGCAUGCCCGGAUGGAACUCGGCAUCGUGGAGCACCCUCACAGCUGCAUAUGCCCAAACUGGCGAUCUUGUUUCUGCGAGAAAGAUCUUUGAGACAAUGCCCGAGCAUUGUGCUUUCUCGUGGAACACGAUCAUUGCCGGGUAUGCCCAAUCCGGGCAGCUUGUUAACGCAAAGUCUGCCUUCGAUGCCAUGCCCGAGAAGGAUCUGAUAACUUGGAACGCGAUGUUGGAUGGCUACUCGGAGAAUGGUUGUGGGCAACAAGCCAUGGAUCAUUUCAACUCACUCCAGCUCGAGGGAGUGAUCCCAAACGAGAUCUCGUUCCUGGCGGUUUUGAUCGCGUGUAGUCACAUUGGCGCGCUCCAUCAAGCUUGGGAGAAGUUUGCGUCGAUGACUUCAGACUAUGGUUUACAACCCGUGAGAGAACACUACUCCUGCAUUGUUGACAGCCUUGGGCGGUCGGGACGGCUGCUUGAAGCAGAGGAACUGAUCAAGAAUAUGCCGUUUUCGCCGGACAUAGCGAUCUGGAACUGCUUGCUCAGUGCCUCGAAGCUAUACCAAGAUGUGGUUCGAGGAAGAGUGGCGGCCGAGAAUCUUAUAGACAUUGAUCCUGAUGAGCCCGUAGCGAAUGUUGGGCUUGAUGCUCGAUCUUGGUGGCUCCAAGGACCACACUACAACCUUGAACUCCUCCUCGCCAGUGGCCAAGAGGAACACCCUCGACAAGCACCCCAAUGUCUAGUAGGGGAUCUCCUCCCACUGUUUGACGAAAGGGAUUCCCAACGUAGAGCUUUCUAA